GUCCCCAUCCGCACGCCGUCGCCGAAGGCGCAACCCCCCCAGGCGACGCCCGAGCAACACGUCGCAGCGCACAAGAUCCAAGAGGCCUACCGCACGCACGCCGCGCGCACCGCCGCGCUCCGCACGAUCGACGAGUACCGCACCAAGUUCACGCAGCUCAAGGCGGGCUUCCGCUUCCCAUCUAGCUUGGACUUCGCCUUGGCACCGGGCGCGCACGACCACGUCUCCGUGCCGCCCGACCCCGCGGCCCUGUCCGCGCUCGUCCUUGCAGACGGCGCGAGCGUCGAGGAGGGCAGGAGCCGCCGCCCGCAGCUCGCGUACACGUCGCGGAACGCGGUGGUGCACGGGUACCUCGAGGAGCUGAGCCAGCUGUUGGGCAGGCUGGACGCGGUGGAGAGUGGCGGGGAUAGGGAGGUGAGGGAGCGGAGGAAGACGCUCGUGAGGGAGGUCGAGGCGGAGGCGGAGAGGGUCGAG